CUUACUUGCAAUAGAGGUUGAAGAUUCCCACCACUCAUUCUAUUGAUCAUAGAAGACAGACUGGGCCAGUUACAUGGCUCGUCUCUAUUGUCUUCUUUUCAUCUACCUUCAUAAAAUCAUCCAUUUUACACAGGACAGCAAUCUUUCUCCAUUUUCCUCCUCUAUAAUUAAGCUUUCAUUUAAUUUCCAAGAUUCUCUUCUUUCUCUGGUGAUCGAUUUGCAAUUUACAUCUAGGAUGUCUCUGAACAACAUUGCUUCUGAAUGUGUCUGUUACGUGCACUGCAACUUCUGCAACACAAAUUUAGCGGUGAAUGUUCCAGGCAAUAUCACGUUCAAUGCUGUGACUGUCAAAUGUGGGCAUUGUUCUAAUUUGUUGUCUUUGUACACAGGCGCUUUGCCACAGAAUACUCAUCAUCUGCAAAAUGUUCAUAAGCAAAAUAUAUUUUAUCAAUAUUUAAGUGAGGAUUCUAGGUCUUCCAAGUCCAAUGAAGUUUCUGCAUCAGAUUCUUCAUCAGAAAACGAGCAUCCCAAAACACUUUCGGUGCAUGCUGCAAAGGGGAAAAGACAACGUGCUCCUUCAGCAUACAAUAAAUUUAUCAAGGAGGAAAUUCGAAGGUUAAAGGCAAAUAAUCCUAACAUUAGCCAUAAAGAAGCUUUCAGCACUGCUGCCAAAAAUUGGGCAUAUCUCCCUCACACCCAAUUUGGGUUAACACUCAACGGCAACAUGAAGGAUAUACAAGGACAGGGAACAUUAUAAGGAGCCUGCAUGCAUGCUACUGCAAGUUAUCCAUAUCUCUCUCUCUCUCUCUCUCUCUCUCUCUCUCUCUCUCUCUCUCUCUCUAUAUAUAUAUAUAUAUAUAGACAGACAUUAAUUUAAUAUUUGCAGUGUAUCAUUAACCUUGCAGAUUUAUCAUCUUAUUGCAAUAAAGUUUUCUGUAUGUCAGUUAUAAUAACAAUCGAAUUAUUGUCAUUAUUAUAAUUUUUGAAGUAUAGUUUUGUCU